GGAGGAUUUUGAACUAUCUAUUGAGAAGUUAGGUGUCUCUGCUCUCCCAAUCUCUGAAUCAUUAAGCACAAUCCUAAAAUUUUUGUAAAAAAUCUGAACUUCUUUAGGAACAUGCACCAUGAGUUUUAAAUUCGGAAAUCAACUGGAUAACUCAUCAUUCUCUCCUUCAGCAAGCAGCUUGAGAGUCGAGUUCUUAGUAAUUUUAGUGCUGGUGCUCAUCGAGUCUGAUGAUCUCCGGUUAGAAUCAAAGGUGGUCUGCUUUACCUUUAAACUCAUAUUCAAAGAGGUAAUACUACUCCUCUUACUGGCUAAACCAAUGGGUAACUCGACAUCUGAUCGUUCUUGGAUAUCAUCAAUAUGUAUAUCCCAAAUAUUCAUACUGAUAGUAGUUUUUGAGGGCAAUAGUGACUUUGGUGAACUUUUGAGAAAACCCAUCCUGGUAUUCUUUACAAUUUUCGUUCUUUUAGAUAUAUUUGGCUUAUUUAAAAAUAUUCUUGUUAAGAAUCACUGGCUGUUUUGAACUCAUUUUGCUUUCUCGGAGUGCAUUUAAUUUCGUUACUAUUGUAUUCUGGGUUUUACUGAUUCCUACCAGACAUCGUCUGCGUUUUGUCUUAAAUCGUCUUUGAGCUAAUAUCGUUUUCAUUUGUAAAAUUAAUA